CCAGUAUUUGUAGUAUUUGCAGUACUAUGAUGAGCCCCUCCCCUCCUCACUGUGUAUAAAUAUGAGUGUGUGCAGGAGGAGCUGCUUUAGUUCAACAGUUAAACUCUGACACAGCAGCAUGCUGCCACCAAACCUGUUGAUAGUGUCGCUGGUCGUCUUCUUGGUAACAGCUGUCUCUACGGCUCCUGUGGAGGAGAAGGAGCAAGAGGAGGUGGAGGUGGAGACCACAGAGGAGGAGGAUGGGGAGAUGUCCGAGGAGGAGGAUGAUGAUGACUCCAAGAGUCAGGAUAAGAUUGAGGGAAUUCUUGGCGUGCAGCAGACCACCCUGGCGACUGCGUCCGGAGGCUCAGGUUCCCCAGAUUCUGCAGGUUCCCCAGAUUCUGCAGGUUCCCCAGGUUCUGCAGGUUCCCCAGGUUCUGCAAGUUCCCCAGAUUCUGCAGGUUCCCCAGGUUCUGCAGCGGCAGCAUUAGGACUCUCUGGUGCCUCUACUGGUCAAAGUCAAACUGCAGGUUCUGACGCAGUCGACUCGGAUUCUAAUGGUAACGGACAGAAGCUGCUGAAUGGAGGAGGGGGCGGGGCUGCUGGCCAGACAGGUGUGCUGGGUUCCUUCGGGGGAGGAUUUUCUCACCUGGAUUAUACAGAAAAUCUGAACAAACAGAACAAACGGCGUCAUGACAUCAUCUUUAGUCGUCUGGUUCUUUACUGCUUCGAAUUCUGUGUAAAAAAAAGUGUUUACUCUUCUUCUUCUUCUUCUUCUUCUUCUUCUUCUUCUUCUUCAUCAGAGAUCAUCGACCCGUCCAGCCACGACUUCCUGCUCGGCUUGAUGGGUGCGACAGCGGCUCCGGAUCCGAGCAGCGGCUCUGGUCUGGAUUUAUCUACAGCUCAUGUCGGUAUCGACCAAUCAGGAUUAGACCCCUCUUCUCUGAGCUCCGGACCUGACCAAUCCCUGUUUAGCUCUGCCUCAGGCUCCUCCCACUCAACUGCCCAGGAAGCCGGCGCUGCCUCAUCAUCUUCAUCACCCAGUGAAGAUCACAAAGAACACACUGGAAACGGUCGACAGACUCAACUGACAGAUGCAAACGGAGUGACCAACAGACCAGCUUCCCUCAGCGACCUCCAGACUGAUCCUACAGGUGGAGCAGAGUCAGUGACGGGUCACAUUGAUCUGACAGGUCUCGGACUGGGACAUGAUGUCACAGGCUUUUACUCCCCCACAGACCUGGUUACCGCAGCAACCGACUCCCCAGGCUUAGUUUCAGUAGACCCAACAGGAAGUCCACCUGAAUCCAGUCAUCCAGCUGUGACAGAUCACACACAGGUGGCUGGUUCAGUCACUGAACAGUACAACCCAUCUGGUCAGGGUCCUGAAGGUGCAGAAAAUGUGGAACUGGAGGAUACCUGCUGACUUCCACAUGAAGCCGCGAGUUCGAUUCCUGCGCUACAGAUUCCAGUGUACCGACCAAUCAGCAUGGCCCAGGAAACGUGACUCCUCCCACUAGUUGUACACAGAUAGUGUCUCAUUGGUGUUUUUUUUUAUAUUUAAAAUAUGGAGUAUGUUUAUAGACUUUUAUUUUGUUUUAGAAUCACUGAGCGGAAAUAAAAAAACUUUUGGACGAACCCGCCUGAUGACAGGAUGUGACAUCUUCACUGUCAGGAUUGAAACGUGGUUUUAAAC